AUGGGAUUCUUCGAUGUAUUCGUCGAUAUGUAUGAGGAAGUCAGCCGCAAAGCAGAAGCCGCGUUACAGUACGCUCGACAUAUCGCAGAAGAAGCACAGAGAAAACUUCGCGAAGCGAUUGAGGACGCGGAGCGAGUAGCCACAAGUUUAGCAGACAAGGUCGCAGACACUGCGAAAGGUGUCCAGCACGACCUCGAAAAGUUGACACCGAAUUUCGACGAAAAGCUAAAACAGAUUAUGGACGAAGUAACAGAGGUUGCUGCAGCUGCAGCAGAAGAUGGAGUGGAUAUCACCGAAGCGAUCAACUCAGCCGUGGAAAUUGCCCUGAAGAAAGUAGAAGAGGCGUUGAAAGCUGUGAUCGAUGCUGUCAAUAGGUUUUUAUGGCAAGCGCAAGAGACAUUGUUUGGAUUUCUGAAGGGAGUACUGCCGGACUGGCUACAAUGGGUUCUAGACAAAGUCAAACAAGCUGUCCAGUGGGCUCUUCGGGGUCUGCAGUCAUUUGCUGACAAGCUCAAAGAAGGGAUAUCGAUUAUCCUAGAGAAGAUCAAAUCAGCCAUACAAGUAUUCGUCAAGAGAGUAGGAGAAGUACUCGGACCAAUCUGGAAGUUCGUCAAAGCGCUCUGGAAGUUGCUGUUUGGAACCGAGCCAGAACAUUGCCAAAUGGUGGCAGAGUGGUUCGAAGAGAGAAUAAAACGAACCGAAAAUCAAUUGCUUUACAAACAUCCAACGGAACCGGUCAGCGCGCUGAUCAAGAAGCGUACCUACCUGGAGCUGCUACCCCCAAAUGAAGAUGCUUGGAAGACAGUCGCUCUUGAGUUCCUGAACAGGGGAGACAGCAUCCCAGCGUGGAGCGCGCAUGGAGCGCGAAUGACAUCGCUUCUCGCGAACACAAAGCCCAAAGCGGGCAAUGUUGCUCAGUUGACCUGGGACGAGCCAUUCACUGAUGCGCUGGGCGGACGGCAGCGCGUUCAGAUUAGCGUACUGUACUUUCGGUGGAAGACCGAGGAGUUUCGCAAAGUUUCCUCUGGCUUCCUCGGCAUUUUGGCUAUGAUCAGUGCUAUCGGGCCGCCGGAUGCAACGAACAUACUGUCUCCUACGGUCCAGCCCAGGCGACCUCGCCCAUUGCAGAUGGACCCGGCGACAAAGAAGGCAAUUUACGAUGAAAUCGCGCCAUACAUGCGGCGCAAUCAGCUGGAAAGCUACCAGUCUUCCGCGAAUGUGACCACUUAUGACAAGAGUCAGUCACAACAGCUUAGAGUCAGGGGUGAUGACGGGGUCUGGAAGGAUGUGAGGAAGUAG